CCAGCCUCAACCCGGCACCGAUAGAGGGGAUCCGAGCGCUGGCCGGGGUGCUGGGGGCUGUAUCUGCCGGAUGGCCAGCUAUCGCACCGAUCCGGAGACUGAGCCCGAAUCCGUGUUCCCACGGGAGAUCGGGCUCUUCACCGACUCUUACUCAGAGAGCAGCCGGUUCUGCUUCUGUGGGCACGAGCUGAGCAUCACGCAGAACUUUGGGUCGCGCCUUGGGGUGGCGGCACGCGUGUGGGAUGCGGCUCUGAGCCUAUGUGACUAUUUCGAGAGUCAAAAUGUGGAUUUUCGAGGCAAGAAGGUGAUCGAACUGGGCGCGGGGACGGGCAUCGUGGGAAUCUUGGCGGCGCUGCUGGGGGGGGAUGUUACCAUCACUGAUUUGCCAGUGGCCCUAGAGCAAAUCCAGGAUAACGUCCACGCCAAUGUGCCACCCGGAGGCCGGGCUCGGGUGUGCGCCUUGUCCUGGGGAAUUGACCAGCAUGUCUUUCCUGGAAACUAUGACUUGGUGCUGGGGGCAGAUAUCGUGUACCUGGAACCUACCUUCCCGCUACUGUUGGGGACCCUCCGACACCUGUGUGGGCCCCACGGCACCAUCUACCUGGCCUCCAAGAUGAGAGCAGAACACGGGGCAGAGACCUUCUUUCGGCGCCUCCUGCCCCAGCACUUCCACCUGGAGCUGGCCCAGCGGGAUGAGGAUGUGAAUGUCAACAUCUAUAGGGCCAGGCACAGGGAGGUGACACCUGCUGGACAGCACCCCUUCUGUUGACCUAACUCUUGUCUCAGUGGAGGAAUGGCAUCCCUCCAGAGCCGUGAACACCAGGAGGAAAGAAAAGG